AUGACCAGCCAGGAUAGAAUGAUAGUGCACAGGUGCAGAUUUGUGGAUUUCAAUCCUGCUACGAUCACAUCUCUGGCGUUUUCACAUAAGUCAAAUAUAAAUAAGUUGACUCCAUCAGAUUUGAGAUUAGCUAUCGGUAGGUCUAAUGGUAACAUAGAAAUCUGGAAUCCAAGAAACAAUUGGUUUCAGGAAAUAGUCAUCGAGGGUGGUAAGGAUAGGUCAAUUGAAGGUCUUUGCUGGAGCAACGUCAGUGGUGAGUCUUUGAGGCUAUUUUCUAUUGGCGGUUCGACCGUAGUUACAGAAUGGGAUUUGGCAACAGGUUUACCACUGAGAAACUAUGACUGUAAUUCGGGCGUAAUAUGGUCCAUUUCUAUCAACGAUUCACAGGAUAAACUGUGUGUUGGUUGUGAUAAUGGGACAGUAGUCCUUAUAGAUAUUUCUGGUGGACCUGGUGUCUUGGAACACGACACUAUUUUGAUGAGACAAGAAGCCAGAGUAUUGACUUUGGCUUGGAAGAAGGACGACUUCGUGAUUGGUGGUUGUUCCGAUGGUAGAAUAAGGAUUUGGUCUGCGCAGAAGGGUGAUGAAAACAGAGGUCGUCUAUUGCACACCAUGAAAGUUGACAAAGCCAAAAGAGAAUCAACUUUAGUUUGGUCAGUUAUAUAUUUACCAAGAACUGAUCAAAUUGCUUCUGGUGACUCAACAGGCUCGAUUAAAUUCUGGGAUUUCCAAUUUGCCACGCUGAAUCAAUCAUUUAAAGCGCACGACGCAGAUGUUUUGUGUCUAACUACUGAUAUCGAUAAUAAUUAUGUAUUUAGUGCGGGUGUGGACAGAAAAAUUUUCCAAUUCUCUCAGAAUACUAAUAAAUCUCAAAAGAAUAACAGAUGGGUCAACUCCUCCAAUAGGUUGCUUCAUGGAAACGACAUCAGAACGAUAUGUGCAUAUCAAUCCAAAGGCGCUGAUUUUUUGGUCUCAGGUGGUGUUGAAAAAACUUUAGUUAUCAACUCAUUGACUUCUUUUUCCAACGGAAACUACAGGAAAAUGCCAACUGUCGAACCCUAUUCGAAAAAUGCUUUAAUCAAUAGAGAACAACGUCUGGUUGUUUCAUGGAACGAAUCCACUGUGAAGAUAUGGACCAUGGGAACUGGUUCGGACACAGAGCAGAACUAUAAACUAGUUUGCAAGCUAACUUUGAAGGACGAACAAAACAUUUCAACAUGCUCUUUAUCACCUGACGGACAAGUUUUAGUUGUGGGGAGACCGUCCACUACGAAAGUAUUUCAUUUACAACCAAUAGGCAACAAACUGAAAGUGACUAAACUAGAUAAUGAACUAUUAUUGAGAACUGGUACAAAAAUAGCCAAAUUUAUUGAUAAUUCCAAGAUUGUCAUAUGCUCUUGCGAAGACGACGUAUUUAUUGUGGAUUUAGAAUCUGAGGAAGAUGAGAAACCACAAGAAAUUGAACUUUUAGAGAUUACUUCGACUAAGAGUAGCAUUAAAGUUCCAUAUAUCAAUACAAUCAACCAUCUGGAAGUGGACCAAAACAUCGCAGUAGUUUCACGUGGAUGUGGAGCUGUGGACAUAUUAAAUUUGAAGACAAGGAAGUCUAAAUCGCUGGCUCGUUUAAGUAACUUUAUCACCGCUAUUCAUAUCAACACCCCAAGAAACUCGGUAGUAGUAAUUACUGCAGACAAUAAGAUUUAUGAAUUCAAUAUGAAUUUGAAUUCCGAAGUUGAAAAUGAAGAUAAUGAAAGUCUAUUGACUCAAUGGUCAAAGAAUAAUACCGAGAACUUACCCAAAGAAUGGAAGACAUUAAAAGAAAACUGUGUCGGUAUCUUUUCGGACGUGAAAAAUAGCAACAGGUUAUGGUUUUGGGGCGCUACUUGGAUUUCAAGGAUAGACUUUGAUGUUGAUUUUCCUAUAAAUAAGAGAAGAAAGCAGAAAAAACGUACUCACGAAGGACUAACCAUCACUGAUGAAAGUAAUUUUAUGAACGACGAAGAGGAUGACGAGGAUGACGACAUCGAUAUGGAAAUCAAUGAAAAUCUAAAUGUAUUGUUAAGCCAAGGAGACAAAAUAAAGUCCACAGGUGCACAAAGAAAUGAAGAAAGCUCAAAUCACUUCUUUUUUACUGAUAAAUAUAAACCUUUACUAUUUGUUGACUUAAUUUCUAGUGAUGAGUUAGCCAUCAUUGAAAGAAAGCCACUAAGUUCUCAUUCCAAACAAAAGGCAUUCAUUCAACCAAAGUUGGUGUUCUGA